GGGGCGGAACAGGAGGGAAAAACGUUAGAAAUCACCAAGGCCAACGCAGCCUCCCACCGGUGGUAAAGCGGGUUCUUCAACAUCUUGAUUCCGGUGUCAGCCUAUAACUUUGUUUUUUCAAGAUGUCACUCUCUAGUAAGUUGACUUUGGACAAACUGGAUGUUAAAGGGAAGCGAGUCAUCAUGAGAGUAGACUUCAACGUUCCCAUGAAGCAAAACCAGAUUACAAACAACCAGAGAAUCAAGGCUUCCAUCCCAAGCAUCAAGUACUGCCUAGAUAACGGAGCCAAGUCAGUAGUACUUAUGAGCCAUCUAGGCCGACCUGAUGGUGUUCCCAUGCCUGACAAAUACUCUCUAGAGCCUGUUGCUGCUGAGCUUAAAUCCUUGCUAGGUAAGGAUGUUCUGUUUCUGAAGGACUGUGUGGGCUCAGAAGUGGAGAAAGCCUGUGCUAACCCAGCUGCUGGUUCAGUCAUCCUGCUGGAGAACUUGCGCUUUCAUGUAGAGGAAGAAGGGAAGGGUCAGGAUGCUUCUGGAAAGAAGAUUAAGGCUGAGGCAGCUAAAGUAGAAGCUUUCCGAACAUCACUCUCUAAGCUGGGGGACGUCUAUGUCAAUGAUGCUUUUGGCACUGCUCACAGGGCCCACAGUUCCAUGGUGGGAGUGAAUCUACCCCAGAAAGCAUCUGGAUUCCUGAUGAAGAAGGAGCUGGAGUACUUUUCUAAAGCUUUAGAAAUCCCAGAGAGACCUUUUCUGGCCAUACUUGGUGGAGCCAAAGUAGCAGACAAGAUCCAACUCAUCAAAAAUAUGCUGGACAAGGUCAAUGAGAUGAUUAUUGGUGGUGGAAUGGCUUACACCUUCCUUAAGGUACUCAAUAACAUGGAGAUUGGUGCUUCCUUGUUUGAUGAAGAGGGAGCCAAGAUUGUCACAGACAUCAUGUCCAAAGCCAAGAAUAAUGGUGUGAAGAUUACGUUUCCUGUUGACUUUAUCACUGCUGACAAGUUUGAUGAGAAUGCCAAAGUUGGCCAAGCCACUGUAGCAUCUGGCAUACCUCCUGGCUGGAUGGGUUUGGACUGUGGUCCUGAGAGCAACAAGAAGUAUGCUGAAGUUGUGUCCAAAGCCAAGCUAAUUGUGUGGAAUGGACCUGUAGGCGUAUUUGAAUGGAGUGCUUUUUCUCAGGGAACCAAAGCCCUCAUGGAUGAAAUUGUGAAAGCCACUUCCAAGGGGUGCAUCACCAUAAUAGGUGGUGGAGACACUGCUACUUGCUGUGCCAAAUGGAACACUGAAGAUAAAGUCAGCCACGUGAGCACUGGAGGAGGUGCCAGUCUAGAGCUUCUGGAAGGUAAAGUCCUUCCUGGUGUGGAUGCCCUUAGCAACCUGUAGUUGACAAGAGUUCCCUCCUUCUGUUUCUUAUCUCAGCCUUUAAGUCAACUUAGCGCUUUUACAUCUCAGCUUGACUUUUGUUAAAAUCUACAUCAAGACCUAGGCAGUGACCAAGCCACGGGACACCAGGAACCCUUAAACAUUAGUACAACAAUUCAACUCAUCUUAAUCGUAUCUUGCAUUGCCUACUCACUUCAAGAUCUCAUUUGAAAUCCACCAUUAUGCUUCACAGGGAGGAUGUAUUCUUAGGUUGUCUAUUAAAGAAAAUGAGUUGAA